CGUCAUACGCAGGGCCCAUACGGGUUACAAGAACGUGAUGACGAACAACGCUCUCUCUUUGCCGCAUCUACUGCGAGGAUGAAGACCAUUCUCAGCAAUCAGACGGUCGACAUCCCGGAGAAUGUCGACAUCACCCUGAAGGGACGCACGGUGAUCGUGAAGGGCCCCAGAGGAACCCUGCGAAGGGACUUCAAUCACAUCAACGUAGAACUCAGCCUUCUCGGAAAGAAAAAGAAGAGGCUCCGAGUUGACAAAUGGUGGGGGAACAGAAAAGAGCUGGCUACGGUUCGCACCAUCUGUAGUCACGUGCAGAACAUGAUCAAGGGCGUUACACUGGGCUUCCGAUACAAGAUGAGGUCUGUGUAUGCUCACUUCCCCAUCAACGUUGUUAUUCAGGAGAAUGGUUCUCUUGUUGAAAUCCGAAAUUUCUUGGGUGAAAAAUAUAUCCGCAGGGUUCGGAUGAGGCCAGGUGUUGCUUGUUCUGUAUCUCAAGCCCAAAAAGAUGAGUUAAUUCUUGAAGGAAAUGACAUUGAACUUGUAUCAAACUCAGGUUUGUUUAGUAUGCCUAAUUAUGCCUAUAGAAUUUUGUUUAAUUCUUGUAGUUGAAUACAUGGUAUUCUCAUUAGGUGAGCUUUUUCAUUUGUGAAAUUGAGUAAAAAGUACCCCAAAGAUAAUAGGUUUUAAGUAUGGCAUAUAAUAAAAUGCUUUUAUUUUAAGAUGAAUUUGGCUGGUAAUGUAAUUUCCUUAUCUUUUUUACUGUUAAUAGCUGCUUUAAUUCAGCAAGCCACAACUGUUAAAAACAAGGAUAUCAGAAAAUUUUUGGAUGGUAUCUAUGUUUCU